AAUAGCACUGGACUACAACACCUAUAUCACACGUCAACGAGAUACAGUGUUUGAAAAGUAAACGAAGAUAUAAGAACGCAUUCAAGCUGACCAUACCAUUCCCAGAUUGCAGGGGUGAAUCGAUCAAAUAUACCUGCCGAAACUACAGAUACUCCGAGUAUACACUACUACCAUGGUGUUGACAUUUUACUAUGACUUGUUAUCACAGCCAUGCAGAGCUGUCUACAUCUUUAUGAAAAUGAACAACAUCCCAUUUGAGACCAAAACGAUUAAUUUACUGCGAGGUGAGAACUCCAGUGAAGAGUUCAGGAAAGUUAGCUGCAUUGGUCGCCUUCCAGUCAUUGAUGAUGGAGGAUUUAUUCUCACUGAAUGUGUAGCCAUCCUGAAGUACCUGGCUGUGAAACACAACGUACCUGACCACUGGUACCCUCGGACUGACCUCAAGGCUCAGGCCAGAAUAGACGAGUACAUGAAUUAUCAGCACAUCAGCACGAGAACCAACAUGGCUAUGCUCUUUCAAAAUCUAGCAAUCAUACCAAAGACGAUGAGCAGACCAGUCGACCGGAAGAAGGUUGAAAGGUUCAGAAAUGGUGUUGAACUUGCCAUCAGCCAUAUAGAUAAGUACUUCCUAAAGGACAGCCGGCCAUAUUUUGCUGGAGACAACAUCUCGCUGGCAGAUCUCGUCGGGAUAUGCGAGAUGAUGCAGCUAUAUGCCUGUUGUGAGGAAAGAAUUAUCGAGUCAAAUCCAAAUGUGAAAGCUUGGCUUGAGCGCGUCAAACCAAACCUAGCUCCAUAUUUUGAUGAAGCUUCUGUUAGAGUGUGGAAAUUGCGGGAGAAUUUCAUUAAAACAGCUCCAAACCAUCCUAAAUUAUAAACGUUUCUUGGCGUCAAAUUUACCUCGCUUUAACCAGAUAUUACAGAUAACCGAUUGGAAGACAAGUUGAGUUUUGGGUGAAAUAUGAAAACUCUUUUAAGCUCACCUGGUCCAAUUGAUAAAUGGUGCGUCUGGCCCCCCUGGGGG